CAGCUUCAGCGAGGAGCGGCAACAUUGUCAGCCGUGAUGCUGACAAUCCUUGUCAUGCACAGCAGAGAUGGAGCGUUUGCAGCGGGCAAUAACAUGCGUGUUGUAUGCUAUUACACUAACUGGUCCGUCUAUCGGCCGGGGACAGCCAAAUUCACACCACAGAACAUAAACCCGUAUCUAUGCACUCACUUGAUCUAUUCAUUCGGUGGAUUCACCAAAGAAAACACUCUCAAGCCAUAUGACAAAUAUCAAGAUAUUGAACAGGGAGGUUUUGCAAAGUUUACCGGGCUGAAGACAUACAACAAACAGCUUAAAACGUUACUAGCUAUUGGAGGUUGGAAUGAAGGUUCGUCACGAUUUUCUCCAUUGGUAGCUGACGCCCAACGACGCGAACAGUUUACACGAAACACGAUCAAAUUCUUGCGGCAAUACCAUUUCGAUGGACUUGAUUUGGAUUGGGAAUAUCCAGCAUUUCGAGAUGGUUCCAAACCGAAGGAUCGAGAAAACUAUGCCCAACUGGUGCAAGAACUACGCGAGGAAUUUGAACGAGAAGCAACAAAAACCGGUCGACCUAAGCUGCUGUUAACGAUGGCUGUUCCGGCUGGCGUGGAGUACUUAGAAAAAGGCUAUGAUGUGCAGAAAUUAAACAAAUACCUCGAUUGGUUCAAUUUGCUUUCCUACGACUACCACAGUGCUUAUGAACCGGCAGUUAAUCAUCACUCACCUUUGUUCUCCGUGGAAGAAGCAUCAGAGUAUAGCUUUGAUUCUGAACUCAAUAUUGAUUACAGCGUAAAAUAUUUUCUGAAUGCCGGAGCUGAUCGUGACAAGUUGGUAUUAGGUAUACCAACAUAUGGUCGGUCAUACACCCUGUACAAUCCCGAUGCCACAGACAUCGGGGCACCUGCCGAUGGACCCGGAGAGCAAGGUGAUUCGACACGUGAGAAAGGCUACCUAGCUUACUACGAAAUUUGCAGCAACCUAAAAAAAAAUUCUGACUGGACCAUCGUACAGCCAAAUCCGAAGGCGAUGGGUCCGUACGCUUACAAGGGUAAUCAAUGGGUUGGCUUCGACGACGAAGCAAUCGCUCGUAUUAAGGCGAAGUAUGUAGCCGAAAACAACUUGGGAGGUAUAAUGUUCUGGUCGAUCGAUAACGACGAUUUCCGAGGCACGUGCCACGGUAAACCUUACCCAAUUAUUGAGGCAGCAAAAGAAGCGUUGCUGGCAAACACCGAUGUUGGUGUAAAUGAUAUUGCUUCACCGAGUGGACCUCGAAAAAUCAAUCGAUCAAGAAAACGUCCAGCAACACAUAAUCGCGUCAACACUGUUAGUAACAACGACAUCAAGACCUCGUUCAAUACGAUGCAGGACCGUAAAGCAGUUCAUCAAAGUCGGAUCACGGCUGCUACCACUACAUCGACCGAAGGAUCGUCGCUUGUUGGAGGAAGGACGACCACACCUCAACCCCCAACUACUCCUGAUCCAGGAGCAGAUUUCAAAUGUACGGACGAAGGAUUUUUUCCACAUCCGAGAGAUUGUAAAAAGUAUUUCUGGUGUCUGGAAAGCCCGAGCCUGGGCCUAGUUGCGCAUCACUUCACCUGUCCCUCCGGGCUAGUGUUCAACAAAUUGGCAGAUUCGUGUGAUUAUGCGCGAAACGUGAUAUGCUCGAAGCAUGCUCCGAUUACUAGCACAACAACUGUCAUAGAAACUACUGCGAGAACAACGCCUGUACAGUCGACAUCGACGACACAACGCUCACGCAUAACUAUUGGCAGCAGGAAUACAUUUUUCAAUCGGCCAGCUACCACCACCACGACAACCUCGACAACAACUGAAGAACCGGUAGUAGAGACAGACUUAAAGCACGAAGAAGACACUGAGCAGCAACCGGAAGAAGAUCCAAAAGUAAUUAAGGAGCUAAUCGCUCUCAUAAAAAAAGUUGGAGGCAUCGAGGAAUUAGAGAAGCAGCUUCAAGCACAGGAAGAUGAUUCGAUCGUACUUGUAGACACCGGGGUUACCGAUUCUAUCUCUACGACACCAUCUACAACAAUUAGCAAAUCUCUGUAUGAACGCGUGCUAAGCCACACCAGUGGGACCGUCGGUCAAAAGUUUCGUCCAGGCAUCACCUUCACCCAAAAGGACCAUACUUGGACGUCGCCCGAAAACAAAUACUCCUCGGUAGUGCGUAAUUCGUACAGCAACAGUCGCGUGGGGCCUCAAAACGAGGGUCUGGACCUGCUACCCGAGUUUGAGGGUGUGUUUCGCGAAAAACCGAAGUACGUAACGCUCAACCGAGCACGUCCAACGAACCCCUCCGUAAUUGAAGAUCGCUUCGACGAUAGCGAUAGUCACGAUGGCGAAGAAGACGCAAUCGAGGAAGGAGAAAAUCAAACAUCAACGGUAGCAGGCAAACGAACAGCUUCAAAUACCAAAUACGUGAACAUAAUGCGGCAUCGACCUUCAAUCACUUCUGAGCAAGAAGAGAAAGGCGACAGUGAUGAGGAAACUCGCGAAUCCUUUAUACAGCACAGCAUAUUGAAUCGAAACCGCUUCAGACUUACUACAGAACCAACACAAUCAGUCGCAGAGGAAACUGAACGCGCUCUUCCUUCCCGGUACAACAUAAUCGACCGCCGACGCACUGCCAGUGUGCAAUAUACCAGCAGCCGCUUACAGGCCGUGAAUCGAGAUGAUGUAGGCACCGAUUCCUCUCUUUUGGUACCCUCUACAGACUUUCAAACCAUUUACACUACAGCACCAAUCACUACUUCCAACGUGACACGUCCAUCCGAAACAAACUCAACAUCUUACAGCACACUUCGGUCCAGUGGUGUCGAGCGUGCUAGCGCUAAUGCCAGCAACAGCAGUGUCGUCGACAGUAACAACAUUAGUAGUAACAUUAGUGCCGAUAAAAGUAAUAGCAGUAAUAGUACUUACGCGGGUAUUACCCAAGCGCAAGGUAUUCAAUACUUUUCCAUGACUACAUCACUCAACGGUACGAAUACGCCUAAUAGUGACGUACCAAGCGUACAGCAGCAACAUGAACAGCCCUAUGUAUUAAAUGUCGACUACCAAGUGGAAGCACCGGUUGAAGCGUCCGACACUGUACCAACGAUCGCCAAUCCCACUGGUGACUUGGUGAACGCCAUAGAAUUGACGCUCGAGUCAACGACUGUUCCUUAUCAAAGUGAAGACGUUUCUGCAGGUGGUUCAACCGGUGUGUUUGGAAGUUCCACGGAGUCUGAUAACACUCUAGGCAUAGGAAUGAAAAGGCGAACUGGCGGGUACAACGCAUCCGUUAAGCCAACUACUGAUUUGUCGUCUACAUUACCAAUCAAAACGACAACGACCACGAUUGUUCCAAUCCUGAUUCCAACUAACGAUGCUCCGCCCCAUAAUGUCAAAUUCAAAUUCAUGCAAAGAACUAGAAAACCAUUGACUACCACUACCACUACAUUAGAACCCAUCACUAACAUCGGUACCGGAAGUGACUUCAUACCAACCAAGGCCACCCCGCGUCCAUUUACGUCGGGCUUACGUCGAACACGCCCGACGCACCCUUCGGUUGCCAUCACCAAAAACAGUGCAGCUUCCUCCGUCAUGGAUACCAAUUUAACAACGCUCCGAUCGGUAAAGGUGAGUUUUUCCAAUUCACAAACACUUGACCCCCUCCCUGGCCGCCAGCGAAGAGUCGGCAAUGCUGCGACGGACAGUGACAGUGCGAUUAACGGUGGCAGGCUAGUGGAAAAGCAGCACGCGGAAGCAAUGCGACCUGUGCCGCAUAGCAACCGUGGUAGAGUGCGUUUCCGCAGCUCCACCGAACAGGAAACUGUACACUCUGGAGACAGCUCCGGAAACAUUAAUGACAAUUCAUUCCCCGCCCUGCCCACAAGCUCUUCUUCGGUGAACCCACUUUCCAGCCCAACAGCAUUACGCCGCCGCUCACGACCAUCGUCGUCGGCAGAUUCCGCCGCCAACCGCUUUGCAGUUGGUCGUCCGUCCACCGUCCCUUCAAUCGAUGCUGCGGAUUUAAAGGAAACAACAUCCACGUUGUCUUCGAUCCGACGCGCCAAUUUCAAUUUGUACAGUGGUCGGGGAACGACAACCAAACAGGAAAUGAAGUUCGGUUCGCCGACGGAAACAACGACGACUAACGUAGAUGCAAGAACUAGCUACGAUACUGUGACCAUCAAUCCCGAUCUAGUUAAAACGUACACGCACGUUGCUGACAACCCACUCAUGGCACAGGAGCGCAUCUUGCUGACAUUAGGUACCGCUAUAAGGUACGGCUUCAACAGCCGUAACCACCUUACCAAUGACCACAAGGUGAAGUUAGUACAAGAACAAACAAUACCAACCUCUACUAUAAGCUCGGUUCCCUCCAUGGGCCGCCCGUUUGGAAGUAACCACCAAAACGUAGCCAGCAUGGCAGACAGUGCAUUCGAUGAAGUGGUCAACGAUAUGUCAACCGAGGCGAUGGAUGAACAGUAUGCAACAAAAAAAGCUGAUUUGUUUACACUGUACAGCGUCAAUACGCCUAAAGUGGAUACAACCACACCACAGCAACGUAAAGUUACGGGUACUUCGUAUGUAUUACCCACUCGGGUUGCGCCCGAACGUAGCACUACCGAACUGACUGACACCACGAUAAAAGUGAUGAUUUCCAAGGAGAAUACGAAUAAAACGUUUAUUCAUGGUCGCACACGUCCCACAAGCCCACCACGAUUGCGAGCUACGUUGCGACCAGUAAACUCAGAUGGCACGAUUAUAGAGGAGCAAGAAGCAAUUGAUGGGACAAAACCAGUACCGGAGUCAUCUCGCAAAGCGUUUGAUGUUCCUCGGCAUCCUCCAAAAACUCAAAAACAGUCGCAUUUUCGAUCCACGUCAACGAUAAACGACGUAACAGAUCGCGGGCCUAGCAUAUCAACAACUAAACGCCAACGCGGCAGUUCCCGACGUCGAACCACGACGACGCUAGACCCUCCUACCAUCAGUGCCAGAGAUGAUAAUAACAAGUUUCCAAAAACAUUAUCCGAUCAGCGGCUGUUUGCAUCUCGUACCAUACCGAUAACAAAAACGGUACCUGACGAUUCGACAAUUGUUUCGCUCCUUGAGACCAUAACAGCGGGGCCGACAUUCCCCGACAGCAAAGCAGCCAACUCCGACUUUACCACUGUCAUUUCAGUCGACAUGUCCAACGAACUUGCUGACAACGAUAACAAAGAAGCCACUUACAGCGCUGACGAUUGGACACUGGAGACGCUUGCGACACCAAUGGUUACCGAAAAAACUCGCUUUCAAGGUGCCGUCUCGACUCACAACUCAAUGAACCAGCUAUUCAAUGACAGCCAGCAGAUCGAAUCGGAAUCGAUACUAAGCCGUAGUCCAGUCCGUUCGGUCGGUGUGACAAGUAAUGCGGCGCGAAAGUUCACAGAAUACAUAUUGCCAACGAAACCAUCUGAGCCGACUGAACAAACACGGAAGUAUGUACCGACGCGCCGAAACCGCCCUUCCUUCUCGUUGGCGCGCAACAGUCGUCCCUUCACUACAACCCCAACAGAGAACGGCGCAUUUGAUUCUUCCACUUCCGUCACAACUACCACACCGUCCAAAGGUCUAUUCGUUCCGCAGCGCCGACGUAAACCGCUCCCAAGAGACAAAGUCAGCAACAAUGGCACAAACAACGAGGAUGAAAGUAGCGAGCCGUUUUUGACACGGACGACCCGCCGCCGUCCAGCAAACUCGUUAAAUCGUCUGUCCCGGCCGCAAUCGUUUGAAGAUUCUUUUGACAAAGCGACAGUGCCAACGAAGCCGCUCGAGCAUAAAAUCAUCAACAGGACUUCGGUGUUGCUCCCGAAGCGACCGAAUCUGUUUGCUCGUACAACGGUGUCGACGACCACAACUGGAAAGCCAAUAUUCGUCACCGGAGAAGAGACCACUGAUGACCGAACGUUAAAUGAAGAAGAGCAGCAGCAUUACAGUGCUCAGGAAGAGGACAACGAGAUCCAGCGCCAAAGCAAAAAGCUAUUCGGAUCGGUGGGUAGUGACGUCGGCAACAGUGUGUUGUCAGAGUCAAGCGAACUUCCCACUGGUUUUCGGCGACCAGCAAGUUUGGGACAAUACCUUCGUAUCAGUUCCGGUGGAUCGCGUGUUACAACAGGCACUAGUAGCAAUCGGUUUAUUUUCAAUAAUAACCAGCCACCAGCGGACGGUGCCACAGUGCUGGCUGCAUCGACCACCACACAGCGCUCGAUCACAACGCGCAGUAGGCGCCCGUUCGGUAACGUAAGUGGCUACAAACCAACAACACAGAAUGGCACCACAGCAGCCGGUACCGGCGGGUUUGUUGCGUCGUUACCUGGUGGCAUUACUACCCCGCGACCACGGUUUACGCCAACUACACGUACUCGGCUUACUUUCGGUCGGCAACGCUCGACAACGUUUCCGGCCAGUAGUGCCAUCGGAGAGGGUCAGCUCGGAGCCAACGCACCUCAAUCGGGAGCAGAACCCGAGCUGAGCAUCAUUGCUAGGCGCUAUCAACCACGCAAACAAACGAGCAGACGCAACCUUACUACCACGACGGAGCCGAAAUUGAACACCGAAUACGGCGUGAGCAAACGCAACCGUACUAACCAGUCAUCCUUGUUCACCAAUAGUGAAAAGCAGGGUCGGUCUACUAUCCCACCGUCACUGUUGUUCGUAACAACAACAGAAACGGAUAGUACUGCCGUCUCAACGCCUUUUGAAGGAGCACAUAAGAUGACAACGUCUCUGCCAAUGAGCGAGGCUAUCACAAGCUUCGCUUCUAAACCAUUCGCUUCAACUGGCUGGGAUAACAUGGCGUCACUAGCUGUUACGUCUGCUACUACUACCAUCAGCACACAGCGGCUGGCAGACACUGAGAACGAAAUAGUCGAGAACACGACUGCGUAUCUCGAAGAUGCAGUCAACACAUUUAGAACCACUACCGAAUACUACACUGCAUCCGAUGAAACUCAUUACACGACACUGAAUACGGCUGACACGAUCUACACUAUUAAUGAUAAUAUCGAUAUUGAUGAUGUAAAUGUAUUGCAGGACCGUGGUAGAACGUCGACAACCACCGUUAAACCGACAACGCUAUACCACGUGUUCUCGAUUGACAAAGAGAACGAGACGGUACCAUCGUCAACGGAGAUCUAUCGUACAGAGGAGCAGGAGAUCGAAUUACCUGCUGCCAACGGAACGGAUAAACUGGUGCAAAUCCAUCGCGUUGUAGAGAUCUACUCUAAGAAUUUUAGUAACCCAGAUGAACUUCCCAUAAUGCAGAAACUCGGUGAAAUUAACCGCAAGAUUAUUAUACGCCUAGUUGAACCGAACCGUGCGAACCGGACAGCUAACAGUAGCAACUCCGUUACCACGACCGCGACGAUGUUUGGCAGUUCGGGAGCAGAGUAUCCAGCCACUGCCACCGAAGGUACGGACCACCAUGGGAAAAAUGGAAACGAAAUCCAAGGACCCAACGUGGUGCUAUCAUCGAACAGCAUAUUUACUGUGGAGACGUCGACUAUUCCACUUGAGGGCCUUUUCGAUCCGGAGCAGAAAAGAGAGUUUGACUUCCCAACAACCGAGUCACCAGCUGCCGAUUUAGAGACAGUAGCACCGCAGCAGGAUUAUGAAAGAAUAUCAAACGUGGAGUUCGCCACCACUAACGUCGGUAACAUGGCGGCAGCAGACGAUGAGCCUUUUACAAUUACACCCGCUGAGGUGGCAACGGAGCGUUACACACAGGUAACCGAAUCGCGCAUCCGAACAUCACCACCACCGAACACGAGCAGCGGGUACGAAUAUAAUGAUAACCAAAUCAUGGAACAGAGAGCAGCAGGGGAACAGAAACGCAUCGUUACUACAAUUUCUGCUACUAACAACGCCAUCACCACCGCAACUACUGCUACCGAAGCAGCACCCGUGGCGUCUUCGACUCAUCGUGAAAUCGUACAUAAGUACACGCUACCGGCUGAAUUCUCCUUCCAGGAGCCUUCGAGCGAAGCAACGCCAACGACGACAACCAGAACUGCCAUCGAGGUAACAACCAUUACAGAAGAAGUACCUACCACUCCACAAAUACCUAAAACGAUGAAAGCAACAGCGACCGCGAUGAGGACAACCACUACAACUGAAAACCCGGAAACACCAACUGUGGAACGUGUUCAACCAUUGGUCCUUCCAAGCAAGGAAAGCAAACUGAAGUAUGCUAAACGACCGACUGGACAAAAACCGGCACGCUUACUUGACUUUGCGUAUAAUCGAGAUGCCGACUCCAGUGAGCACGACGAUGGUGGGCAGUUGACCACCACUAAACCACUAAUGACCGAGCCUUCGCAAACAAGCACUUCGAAAGCAAACACUGCUCGCCUCUUUCCGAACGGGCGCAAGUACGUAUCCUUGCUGUCGCAGAGGGCAAACUUAACUCUACCGGAUACGGCAGCAACUACUCUUAACGCUAGUAGCUCGUUCCGCAAAUCCAAGGAUAUUCAAGUGCUUCUACCGCCAAAGACCACUACGUCGAUGACGACCACUGCUUUUACCAAAGCCGUCAACACAAUAACUAGAAGCAAUAUCCCAACAACGCGUCCCACUGUUAUAACAAAGAUCGAUUUUAACAUCAAGUAUGUUCUGCCGGCAUCUUUUCCUGAUAGGGAGGCUCACAAGCUGAAAAUCGAGAGCAAAAAUGACAAGUACAGUAUACCGUUGUCUCCAAUACUGCGUCCCGACUUCGUGACGCGAGAGAUUUCGGGCGAACGACAGGAACGCCAGUUUUCACCCGUAUACCGGCCGGAGCUUGAUAAUGACGAAUUGACUCGCCAACUGACCAGCGACUCGGAUCCGGUUGCGCUUGAGGCGGCUAGCCUACACAGAGAAAUUCUCGACUCUGAUGCCACGGACAGCCUAUUUCGCGAACCCGAAUCGCGUGUGUUGAACAACAAACCGGAGCAAGUCUUGAGCGGUCGCACCCUACCAUCCUCGGCCGUCUACUUCCAACGGCGAUCAGCUGAAGUGCCAAAGCCAAUGAAGCCGAUACCAGUACAAUGAAGUCGAUAGCAAUAGCGAAGCAGGUUGACUCCUCAAAAGUGUCCAAAUAUACACAUGAUGCGGCGUCAAUGGCCCCGGCGAUGGUCGUAGUGAGCACUCAUAGUCGUUUCGGUUACUUCAAAUCUUUCACCUCUUUAUCGCCUCAGCCAUUUUCUACUAUGAAGCAGCAAAACGUGUCAUCGAAAACAAAUAACGCUCGCGGUAUCAUAGCGAGAGAAAAGGAGAAGCAAAGAUAGAGAAACUGAAUUAACAAUAUCGCAUAUCCUUAACCUGCAGCUGUUCUAACAAAUAUGAAUACCAUGGACGCUUGGCAGUGCAAUGUAUUAGCAUGGCCAAAAAGAAAUCCAUUACUUUCGCAUGAAUUUUAUAACUUUAUUUGAGAUGUUUCCAAUGGGCCGAUUUGCUGCCAUUUUAAAAGCAGCUUUAUAAUACCCCUAUCUUAUAGAAGUUUUGGUAGUUAUUAGCGAAAAACUGUAGCAAUCUAUUUUUACUAUCUUCUCUUGAUCCCAAUUUCUUACCUCCCAGGAAGUUUUGCAAUGCGUAAAAAUGGUAUUAAUCGCCUGAUGCAAGGUCCGGACUAUACGACGGAUACAUUAAAACUUCCCAACCAAGCUUCAGGAGUUGUUGGCGAGUCACUAUGGGCGUGUGUGACAUUUCGCUGUCCUGAUGGAACGCAACAGCUCUUCUGUUGGCCAAUUGUGGCAAUUUCUGCUCAAUCGCUAGUUUCGAACGGUUCAAUUGUUGACAGCGGUCGACGGGUCUGCCUGUGCGAGGUGCAUCUUUACCAUAAGAAAGUACUGAACCGGGUCGACGAAACCAAAAUUGCACGUAGCUACCUGUUACAGUAUCGCCUCCAUAAGCACCUCUGUAGAAUGUACCGAAUAUACUCUUUGGUGACCUUCAUUGUUAGCAGCCUCUAACUCACAAAUGAAAGGAACAAACUAAAAACAGUGAAAGCAUUUUUUAAGUGUGAACCUUAAUAACGAGCAUAAACUUGAAAUUGUUUAAUCGAUACUUUACUUUUCAUUUAGAUUACUAUCGUAAAUCUAAAGCCAUCUGCCGAGAAAUUAAUGGAUUUCUUUUCAGCCAAACUAAUAUAGUUUUGGUAUAAUUCCUCUUUGGAGUAAAUGUGCUAUAAACCGUCUGCAACUGCAACUUCUUUUCUACUAUGUUUUACAGGACUAACACCUAAUGCUAUUGCAAGUGUAUGUAUGUGUGGGUAUGGAUGUAAUUAUUCGCACAUAUAAGUGCCACCGUUCUAUUAUAUCGUUAUCGUUGCAUCUAUUUUAAUUAUUUCAACAAUUUAGAAAACAUCAUUAUCUAGAAUAUUAUUUUAGAAUGCUACAAUGCCUUUCCACAACGUAAAUUCAGGAUAAAAAAACCGGUUUGCAAUAUGUUUCCAGUAGCAAAAUUCAUCACACACUAAUAUCAAAUAUCCAAAUACUUUCCUAUUAACACAACUGCUCAACCCUAGCUCAACCUUGAUCGUUCCAGCUUCCUUACCAUUACAAUGCGCUCAUUUGUCUGUACAAGCAGGUUAAAUUUCUUUGAAAAGUUCGUUUUCUUCUUCUUUGGGCUCUUCUGCCGUCAUCUGGCAACUUCAACCGCCCUACAAAGAAUUCCAUUAUUCAAUGUAAAUGGGUUACUUUUUCACAACCAUAAAUUUUGAAAGGCGUUUUAGAAAUCCUUAAGGUCCUUUAACAGUGAAAAUACACAACACAUAUAUUUUAGGGUGUGGUGUCCCGUACAGUAUAUUCCAUAACACACAAAAACUAUGUUCUUUAGUAUUUUUCGGUUAGGUGAUGAAUAUUAAAUGUAUAAAUUUGUCUAAAGUUCAUAAGUAAAGGAUUGUUUAAAUCAAUGCAUUACUCACAUUAUUCAAAACGAAAUUUCAGCUUAGAAACAAGAAAAUAGAACUAUGAAACAAAAACUCCAUCGAUUUUACUUUGUUCAUUGCACAACGAUUAGUCAAACCGAUUAGUGUCGUUGACGGGGUAGAAUAGAAUAAUCUCUUCUACAUCACGUCCCGAAGAUAAAGCAUCUCCUGCUUACAAAGUUUUCGCGAACCAGGUUUAGUUGGCUCUAACCAUAAAUACAAACUAGUCUCCAUGUCGAAAAUCUGGCUUCUUGCGAACACUUACAAACCAAGAGCUCACAAUACCACUUAAUGCUUGUAUUUUCAGGAAAACAUGGAACUAUUUCACAAACAUGAAUUUCAUGGAAUUUUUGAGCCAAUAUUUGAUUAGGCUAUAGUUUGUAAUGUUUAAGGAUUAAGUCAUUGUUAACUUGUGGUGCAGUUUUGAAGUAUAAACUAAAUUUGGUUAUGCUUUUUAUUGUAAUUAUUUUU